CCAGGGGCAGUGAAGACAAGCAACAAUCAUGCUACACAGCACUUGGCAGAGUGUCUGCGCUCAUUCAGACUAAUAAACACUUGGUGGGCAUUUCCAUUUGAACAGUUUAAUGGGAUGAUUCAGAAAACAAGAACAAAUCACCAGCUCGGU